UGCCGUCUCAUACCGCGUGUGUUUCAGAGUGGGAGCAGCAUCGUGGUGAUCGAGAGGGAGAAGUGAAGGCUCUUAACACAGAGAGCAGCAAAAGUGUGCGCAAUAAGAGCACUAACCUGCUGCCAAAAUGCUCGUGUUGUUUGAGACUGCAGCUGGAUAUGCAAUAUUCAAAGUACUCAAUGAGUCCAAACUGCAGCAGGUCGACAGCCUCUAUAAGGAGUUUGAAACUCCAGAAAAAGCCAACAAAAUUGUUAAGCUAAAACACUUUGAGAAGUUCCAGGACACAACAGAAGCCUUAGCAGCUGCUACUGCCCUUGUUGAGGGAAAAAUUGGCAAGAGUCUGAAGAAGGUCCUGAAAAAAAUCGUUGCCAAGGAAGCGCACGAGCAGCUGGCCAUUAGUGAUGCAAAACUUGGUGGUGUUAUCAAAGAAAAGCUGGAUGUGAGCUGUGUCCACAGCCCAGCUGUGGCUGAACUGAUGAGAUGCAUCAGGGGUCAGAUGGAGAGCCUCAUCACUGGACUUCCUCCCAGGGAGAUGAGUGCUAUGUCUCUGGGGUUGGCUCACAGCUUAUCCCGCUACAAGCUGAAGUUCAGCCCUGACAAAGUGGACACAAUGAUUGUGCAGGCUAUUUCUCUUCUGGAUGACCUGGACAAGGAGCUUAAUAAUUACAUAAUGCGCUGCAGAGAGUGGUAUGGUUGGCAUUUCCCAGAGCUGGGAAAAAUAGUCACAGACAACUUGGCCUACUGCAAGACUGUCCGCAAAAUUGGUGAUCGUACAAAUGUAGCCAGCUCUGAUCUAUCAGACACUCUUCCUGAGGAGAUUGAGGCUGAGGUUAAACUGGCUGCUGAGAUCUCCAUGGGAACGGAGGUGUCAGAGGAGGACAUUGGCAACAUCGGGCACCUGUGCGAUCAGGUGGUAGAGAUUUCUGAAUACCGGGCUCAGCUCUACGACUACCUGAAGAACAGAAUGAUGGCGAUUGCUCCCAACCUCACCGUCAUGGUGGGUGAGCUGGUUGGCGCACGUCUCAUCUCACAUGCCGGUUCCCUUCUGAAUCUGGCAAAGCAUCCAGCCUCCACAGUGCAGAUCCUUGGAGCAGAAAAGGCUCUCUUUAGAGCCCUGAAGACUCGCAAAGACACACCAAAAUACGGUCUCAUAUAUCAUGCCUCUCUUGUCGGCCAGACUACUACCAAGAACAAGGGCAAAAUUUCCAGAAUGCUGGCAGCUAAAGCAGCCCUGGCUAUUCGCUACGAUGCCCUUGGCGAGGACACGAAUGCAGAGAUGGGCGUAGAGAACCGUGCCAAGCUGGAGGCCAGACUACGUCAGCUGGAAGAAAAGGGAAUCCGAAGAAUCAGCGGAACAGGCAAAGCGAUGGCAAAGGCAGACAAAUACCAGCACAAGAGUGAGGUGAGAAUUUACGAUCCAUCGGGUGAUUCUACUAUUCCGUCCACCUCAAAGAAGAGGAAGUUUGAGGAGGUAGAAGAAGAGGAUGCCGCAGAGCCCACGACACCAGCAGUCAAACCCAAAAAGGUCAAAAAGGAGCCAGUAACAGAAGAUGACGAAGAAGAAGAAGCAGAAACAUCAGCAGCAGCAGAGGAGAUCCCCAAGAAAAAGAAGAAGAAAAAGAAGGAUAAGAAAGCAGAGGAGGAAGCAGAGGAAAUGGAGGAGGAGGUAGCACUCACUGAGCUGCCUGAGACAACAGAAAAGAAGAAAAAAAAGAAAAAGAAGAAAGUGAAAGAGGAGCAGGAAGAAGACUGAAAGGAGCUGGAGUUGUAAAUAUUUUUGUUUUAGUUUGUCUUUUAUUUUUGUGUCAUACAUUUAUAUCUUCUAAGGACAAUACAGUAUUGAGUGCCUGGCUGUGGACAUCUGAAAAGGAGUUCAUGGUAAAUAACAAAGUCAUCAUUAGAUCUCAUUUUUCUCCACUCAUAAAGUGUACAGUGUAAAUCUGUUUUUUUAAAGAUGUUUUUUUUUUUUUUCUCAGUUUUAUUUGUGAAGACAUCUGAGUCAAAUGACGUCAUGCGCUAUAAACAACAGAUUUCCCACUUGUGAUAAACCUGGUGAAAUAAAAAUUUUUGCUCCAA